AUGCUUCGUGUCUGGCGACCUUCUGGGCAAGAGCUGGCCCCUGUGAGCGCAGAGGAGUUCAAGGAUGCAGCAGCUUUGAAGGAGCAUUUGCGCGAAGUGUAUGGUUUUCCUUUCUCUUUGCAGCAACUUAUGCACGAAGGGAAUCUCUUGGAGGGUUGUGCAGAACUGGAUGCCCCGAUGGACUUGCAGCUAGUGCUGUUGACCAUCUCGGGGCUUUCGCCAAGCGACAAAACUGCCAGAUUUGCUGAAGCAGAGCUGGCAGAUGCUGCCCGGCGGAAUUGUGAGAAAGUGGCACGCUACUUGCUGGAAGCCGGUGUAGGAGCAGAUCGCAGAGACGAUGCCGGCAAGACAUUUCUUAUGCUCGCAUCCAGGAAUGGUCACUUGGAGGUCGCCCGCUUGCUUCUGGAAGCUGGUGCUAAAAAGGAUCUCGAAGACGGUUGCGGGCAAACAGCCCUAAUGUUCGCAUCAUGGUAUGGUCACCGGGAAGUUGUACGAGCGCUGCUGGAAGCUGGUGCUGACAAAAAUCACAUAGAUAAUCAAUGCCAAACCGCCCUAAUGUUUGCAUCGACCAGUGGCCAUGUGAAGGUCGCACGUUUGCUGCUGGAGGCUCGUGCUGAAACAUACUGCCAGGACAUGUGCGGCAUGACAGCACUAAUGCAGGCCGCUGCCCGCGGGCAGCUGGAGAUCGCUCGCUUGCUUCUGGAAGCUCGCGCUGCAAAGCACAUCGCAGACGAGGACGGGAGGACAGCCGCAAUGUUGGCAUCUGAGCAUGGUCACCAGGAGGUUGCGCGUCUGCUGGAAGCUGGUGUUUAA